UUGUGCCACGUUCUUUGAAAUAGCCAGCGUCUGUGACUGCAGAUUGCCACAUUCUUUGUACUUCAAAAGCCAUGAAAAUCCACUGUCUAAGCCAUGAAUAGCCCAGAAUUCAUCCGUACAGUAGCCAACCGUUACGCUUCCCAACUGCAACUAUGUUACCCCCAAAAUCCCGCCUCUUUCUCCCUAGCCAAAGCCAUCCAUUCCCACAUGAUAGCUUCUGGGUUCCACCCACGUGGUCAUAUUCUCAACCGUCUGAUAGACAUCUACUGCAAAUCACCAAGAAUCAUCUACGCUCGGAACCUGUUCGAUAGAAUUCCAGACCCAGAUAUAGUUUCAAGAACGUCUUUGGUUUCAGCUUAUGCUUUUUCAGGCAACAUUAAAAAGGCGGCGGAAAUGUUUGAUGAAACCCCUUUGAGUAUCCGGGACAAUGUUUUUUACAACGCAAUGAUCACGGGGUAUUCGCGAAACGAAGAUGGCCAUGCUUGUAUUAAACUCUUUCGCCAGAUGUUACGGGAUGAAUUCAGGCCUGAUAAUUUUACUUUCACCAGUGUUUUGGGUGGAUUGGCGCUUAUCGUUGAUAGAGAAAUGCAGUGUAAGCAAAUGCAUUGCAUGGUUUUGAAGUCAGGGGCGGCGUUUAUUAUUUCGGUUUUGAAUGCACUUGUUUAUGUUUAUGUUAACUGUGCAUUGAUGUUUGAAGCGAGGAAGUUGUUUGAUGAGAUGAAUGAGAAAGAUGAGUUGUCGUGGACAACGAUGGUUACAGGUUAUGUUAGGAAUGAAGAACUUGAUGCAGCUAGGGAGUUGGUUGAUGGGAUGAGUGAAAAUCUGGGAGUUGCUUGGAAUGCAAUGAUUUCGGGGUACCUGCGUCAUGGACGUUAUAAAGAAGCUUUAGAUAUGUUCAGGAAGAUGUAUUUUAUAGGAAUUAAAAUGGAUGAAUUUACGUAUACUAGUAUUAUUAGUGGUUGUGCUCAUGCUGGAUUGCUUCAGCUUGGGAAGCAAGUGCAUUGUUAUGUUUUAAGGACAGAGGGUAAGCCUACACCUGAUUUUUCAUUGCCUGUGAAUAAUGCAUUAGUUACAUUGUAUUGGAAAUGUGAUAAAGUGGAUUGGGCUCGUGAGAUUUUUAAUAACAUGCCGGUUAGAGACCUUGUUUCAUGGAAUGCAAUCUUAUCUGGCUAUGUGAAUGCAGGCCGCAUUGAUGAAGGUAGGUCAUUUUUCAUGGAGAUGCCAGAGAGGAAUCAUUUAACAUGGACUGUAAUGAUAUCAGGAUUAGCACAACAUGGGUUUGGAGAAGAGGGUUUGAAGCUGUUUAACCAGAUGAAAACAGAGGAUUUUGAGCCAUGUGAUUAUGCAUUUACAGGAGCAAUCACUUCUUGUGCCAUGUUAGGAGCGCUAGAGAAUGGACGCCAACUCCAUGCUCAACUUGUCCGGUUGGGUUUUGAUUCAAGCCUUUCAGCUGGAAAUGCCCUGAUUACAAUGUAUGCAAGAUGUGGUGUUAUGGAGGCUGCCAAUACACUCUUCCUUACUAUGCCUUGUGUGGAUUCAGUGUCUUGGAAUGCCAUGAUUGCAGCUCUAGGCCAGCAUGGACAUGGUAUUCAAGCAUUAGAACUUUUCAAGCAGAUGCUGAAGGUGGGCAUAUUACCUGAUCGAAUUACUUUCCUCACAAUUCUAUCUGCUUGUAGCCAUGCAGGUCUAGUUAGAGAAGGGCAGUAUUAUUUCAAUUCAAUGCAUAGGCUUUAUGGGAUAAUCCCAGGUGAAGAUCAUUACACACGUCUUGUUGAUUUGCUGUGUCGAGCUGGAAAGUUGUUAGAAGCAAAGGAUGUGAUUACAUCAAUGCCUUUUGAGCCGGGUGCACCAGUUUGGGAGGCUCUUCUGGCUGGUUGUCGAACUCAUGGAAACAUAGAUUUGGGAAUUCAAGCCGCAGAACGACUCAUUGAGCUGAUGCCAAAACAUGAUGGAAGCUAUGUGCUUUUGUCUAAUAUGUAUGCUACUGCUGGAAGAUGGGAUGAUGUGGCAAAUGCACGAAAACUAAUGAGAGACAGAGGAGUACGGAAGGAACCUGGUUGUAGUUGGGUGGAGGUUGAGAACAAAGUCCAUGUGUUUUUGGUUGAUGACACAGUGCAUCCUGAGGUGCAAUCAGUUUACAAUUAUCUUAAUCAAUUGGUGAUAGAAAUGAGAAGAUUAGGCUAUGUUCCAGACACAAAAUUUGUGCUACAUGAUAUGGAGUCUGAACAGAAAGAACGUGUCUUGUCUGCUCACAGCGAGAAGCUUGCUGUAGCUUUCGCACUCAUGAGGCUUCCUCGUGGAGCCACAGUAAGGGUUUUCAAGAAUCUUAGGAUUUGUGGAGACUGCCAUAACGCAUUCAAGUUUAUGUCAAAAGUGGUAGGAAGAGAGAUUGUUGUAAGAGAUGCAAAAAGGUUUCACCAUUUUAGAGAUUGCGAGUGCUCUUGUGGGGAUUACUGGUAGGCAGAAUUUUCUUGAAAUAUGGGAUUGGUAUACCUCCAUGGUAGUAAUAGAUUCGGAAUAGUACAAGUGGUGAUUUAGCCUACAUGCAUAUCUAACACCUGAAAUUUUGCUGAUUAACCUUUGAAUCAUUUGGCAUGUCAUUAGAGCUAGCACUUGGAGAUUGUAGGUUUGAAGAAGUUUAUGCAUGUAACACUUUUUCAGCCAAAGUAUUAGGGUAGGGGGUUCAUAGAUUAGGAAAAAAAAAAAACCAUGAAAUUUUGUAUUUACUCACAAAAGAAACUUUCACCUGUGGAAGUGAGCAUAACUGCAUAGAUAUGAGAAUUGAGAACUGAGAAGAGAUAACUUCCCUUCGGAUUUUUUGUUCAUGGGAUUCAACUUAUAUAAACCAUUGUUGUUUUAUUAGUUACUCA